UUUUAAUAGGACCUUACUCGGGAUGUUGAGGACGCUGACUAAAGAAGGUAAAGCGGACUGGAAACAGCAUUUGAAUGGGGUCGUGCACGCAUACAAUUGUACAAGAUCAGACGCUACGAACUUUUCACCAUUCUACUUGUUGUUCGGUAGGCACCCUCGGUUGCCAGUUGAUCUACUGUUCCAACAUGCACACCCUGAAGGUGAGAGUAAAGAAUCAUACUCUGGUUAUGCCAGUAAGUGGAAAGAUCGUAUGAAGGAAGCAUACAGCAUUGCGACCAAGAACGCACAUCGAUCAGCUGCUAGAGGGAAAAUGAACCACGAUUCGAGAAUCACCAGCGCUUCAUUAGAACCAGGAGAUCGAGUUUUGGUGAAGAAUUUAGGUGAACGUGGUGGACCUGGUAAGCUGCGAUCCUUCUGGGAGGAUCACAUUCAUGUUGUUAGGAAACGUGUUAAUGAUUCGAGUGUAUAUGAUGUGUGUCGCGAGGAUGGAAAAGGCCGCAUUCGCCGCCUGCACCGCAAUCUUCUAUUACAGUGUAAUAGUCUACCACUUGAGGGUAUUCGCCAGGAACACAGACCACACAGUGCUCGUCUCAAGAAGCAGAGGAAAUCCAGACCUAAAGAUCUAACUUCUGAGGAUUCUUCAGAUGAGGAAACUCUUUUAAAACAGGGAGUCUCCCAACUUAAUCCCAAAGCAAAUGAGUUCAUACCUACAAAUUCUAACCUUGAUGAUAGUCAUUUGGAUAAUUCUUUACUGGAUAGGUCAGAAGAGCACAGCAGCGCUAUCAACGAUGAGGAAACCUUGGUCAAGGACAUUGAAGGUAUUGGAGCAGAUGUUGAGGAGGAUACCGCAACAACAGAAUGUGAGGAAUCUGAGGAUAGCCCCGAUCAUACAGAUGAGAAACUGGAGGAGAGGAAUUCAGACACAUCUAUUAACCAGGAGUUGAGUGAUGAGUCUAUUCACAUCGAUGAAGAGACAAUUGUGGGAGACGGGAAUAUCACUAGCGAAGAAUUUAUAACUGGCGACGAGAACAAUAGUGAGGGAGACUCUGAUGAUGAGGACAUUCAGCGUCGACCGCAACGUGAACGUCGCGCACCACGUACAUUGACAUACAACGAAAUGGGUAAACCCAUUUACAAACCAGUAAUUGACGUGAUAUCUGUUCCAUAGCUUUAAAAUGUUGAGAACUGAAGUUUAAUUAGUAUUAAUUCCUGUUUAAAAUAAUUUUAUGUUGUUAGAGAACAAAAAUGUACAUUUGAAACAUUUGAUGUGAGGUUUGUUGAUAGUUUCAACUGUCAAUUGUUAUUAAGCUUUGUGUAACGAUAUUUAGUGUUGAUGGAUUUACAAGUAUUUUGAUACUUCUUCUGUAGAGUGGCCAUCUAAAAGAAAAACCAGUGAUCAUUGUAAUCGCUGUCAUCAUGUAAUGCACUAUUGUCGAACAUUGAUGUAACAAUUUAGAAAAUUACCUUUGAAAUAUAAGGGCCAAGUAUAUUUUGGGUAAAUGUCGGGACGACAUUACUUUUUGGGGGGAGAGUGUUAUAGUCAGAAAUUAUGUUAAUAAUUAUUUCUGGUGUACCCCUAUAUUUUUUGGUUAUGUGCAGCAUUAAGCGUCUAAAGGGAGACAACUCGAAUUUAUUCACGGUACAAUUAUCGAUCGGUUUUUGGUGAUCACGUGACUUGCUCCUGACGCCAUUAAAACAUCUCGAAGAGUACAUCUUGUGUCUCCUGUUUUUCAGGUCCUGGUAUCUCCCCUCCCC